AUGUUUUCAACCUUCAUAGCCUUGCUCAACACCUUAGGAUUGACGGCUGCGCUCGUUCUUCCAAGGGAACUCGAUCCUGAUCCCCGAGGGCGAGAUUGGCAGUCAGCCGUACAAAAUAUCAAUGGCAUGAACUCGAUACUCACUCUCCUCCCAGUGUUGACGGGCAAAAUGCAGAAUGUCAAACUGGUUGCUAGUCGCAUCUUUCCUGCGUCUUUCGUUAUGGCUGGGAUAGGCGCUGGUCGUGUAUUGUCCAAGCUGCAACUGGGAAUCCUGCUUUGGAGUUUCGAGCUUUACCGCAGUACUGUUGGCGAGUUGUCGUACGCCCAUGACGAAUACAUAAACGCGUUCAUGCCCAAGCUGCAACACGUCCCAACAGGAACACCUGAACGACACACGACAAGCCUGAUCGUCAACCACAACAUGGCCGAAACUUACAUGGUUGAGGCAUGGUUCCAGGCUCGAGGACGCCCGUCGACAAUCCGAUUGAAGCAGAAUAAUUAUACAAGGCUGUGUGUGGGCUCCAUCAUCUAUCUCGCUCUCUAUAGUACUGAGACCUUCUUGGCCGUGCAGAACGGUGCAGAAGGCACUCGCCAAUUACUAAUCGUCGUCCAAGCAAUUACCGUCGCACUGUGGCUAGUGCCCGUUAUCAUGAUCCAGAUCGCCCGUGGCCAGGGCAAGGCUGAAGUGGACCUCAAUCGUAUUGGUUCUCCGGAGUACCGCUGCCUUCAGAUGCCCAACCCGGGGGAGCAUGUCAUCUCUGAAGUCUUCAGCUUUCAUCUGAAUAACCUCAGCGGGUUUCAAUUGUACAAUGCAAAGUAUGAGCAACCAAUGUUGCGGGUCGCAGGUGGCAUGAUUCUCCUCAGCGGUUUUCUAGAUGUCGUUUCGACCAUCUUGAUAGUCGGCUUGACCAACUGGGCAUACCCCUGGAUUGGGGCCGAGCUCGUCAUUAUCCUUGCAAAAGUCGUCUUUUGUCUCGAACCCGUUCGGGAGAUAGAGAUCGCAAGCGUGGUCGUCGAUGCCAGCGAGUAUCAACCUGAGUCUGGCCCCGAGAUGCUGCCGCUCAAGAUCCAGUUUGGUGAUGGUUUCGUUUGCAAACAGGUUACAACCGACUACACUAUCGUUCAUAACGUCUCACAUCCCUCGGUGGAGUGGCGCUCGACCACAGCAGGGUUGUGGGUCGGCCAAAGCUACAUCGCCCCGGACAGUAAGACCAGCGACGGUGCUUCCACAAGAUACGUGGCAAUGAACGACCAGAAAAAGCUCACUUUGGCAACUGUAGAGCCCGAGAAGCAGAGCAACCAGGCCUUGCACCGGGAAUUCCUCGCCGCGCUAGCAACCGUUGUCGAAGCAAAUGUGGUGCCGAGUGAACAAUUUAUUACAGCCAUCGAGAAGACUAUGGACAACAUAGAGCGUACGAUGACGGCGGAGUGGUAUGCAUUCGGGUCUAGAAUGGUCUUUGAGAAGAUUACUAAAGCAAAGCGUGGGAGGAAAUGGAGACGCUUCCUCUGA